AUGGCCGUUUCACCCCAAAACUGGAGAGCUUUGGCAGACACUCCCAACAGCACAACGUCGACAUCUUUGCCCGCAACGACUGCAACGAGCACCACAAGUCACAGCGCUACAAAUGAACCAACAAACCCGCCGCCCAUAUCUAACAGCACUGGUCUCAGCGUAGGGGCCAAAGCCGGAAUCGGAGUCUCAUGUGGCGCAUUAGGCGUGUUUGCGAUAAUUGCCGCCGCUUACUUCGUACGCAAGAAGAAGGCAACGCAAACUUCCAUUUCUCCGACGCAAGAUGCAUCAUUUCAUGCUUUGAAUGAGUUCGAGAGUGGAAAUGGCGGUGUAGUGAUCUUGCCAGGUGGUAACGAGGCAAUGUCAAAUCCGAAGCACGAAAUGUCAACGGAGUCGACGUUGGCACCACCAGAACUUGGGGCAGACUUGGGAUCGCCACGCGAACUGUCGACUGACCAGAGAAGCGAAUAG